UUCUGAAAGAUUUGUGCUUAGCUAGAGCGUGGUGGCUCAUGCCUGCAAUCUUAGCACACCGGAAACUGAAACCGGAGGAAUUCGAGGCCCAUCUAGGCUACAUAGCGAGACCAUGAUUGGAAAACAGUGAAAAAAACUUCCCCUUGCCCAACUCAUUUGGAAAUCCUUCGGUAGAGGCUCGCUUGUAAGCUGUGGGAGCCGCGGGGUGUACCCUGAGUCCCAGCCUCCACUAUUUAUAAAGAUCAGCCAGGUUUCUCACUGAGUCUGGAGCCAGCCAGGCAGCCAGCAAAGCCCCAUGGAUCUUCGUAUCUCAGCCUCCCUGUAGUAUGUGUGGUUACAGGAACUGGUGUACAUGUACAUACACAUACAGGGCCGUGAUACCUACCAUGCUUCUGGCAAGGUCUUCCACUGUGUUGGAGGGUGUUUCAAAGUGGGCUUCAUCCACAUGGGCUGGCCUCAAGCCCAGCCAGCUCCUUCCACUGCAUGCAUCAUCUAGAUUGCUCUCCUUGGGCUUUGUAAGCCAUGCUAAGCACCGGGAGGCCCCUGGAAAGAAGCUACUGUCAGAGAAAAAACUGCACCAGCCUCUGCAUUCUUUAUCCACCACGGCUUGCCCUGACUGCUAUGGAGGAAUGAAUGGAGCUCUGGAAGAGGGGCCUGUGGACCAAAGGCUUGUCAGCAACACAUCAGCCCAGAAAAGGCAUUUUGUGGAUCACCGGAGAGUGCUGGUCCGUGGAGGAAAUGGAGGCUCUGGCAUGAGCUGCUUCCACAGUGAGCCCCGCAAGGAGUUUGGAGGCCCUGAUGGUGGGGAUGGAGGAAAUGGUGGACAUAUCAUCCUGAAAGUUGACCAGCAAGUCAAGUCCCUGUCCUCAGUCUUGUCCCAGUAUCAGGGUUUCAGUGGAGAAGAUGGUGGCAGUAAAAACUGCUUUGGACGAGGUGGUGCCACCCUCUACAUAAAGGUCCCUAUGGGUACCUUGGUGAAAGAAGGAGGUGAGAUCGUGGCUGACCUGUCUCACCCAGGAGACGAGUAUCUCGCUGCACUGGGAGGUACAGGAGGAAAAGGCAAUCGUUUUUUUCUGGCCAAUGACAACCGUGCCCCUGUAACUUGCACUCCUGGACAACCAGGUCAGGAGCGGGUUCUCCACCUGGAGCUCAAGACAAUGGCCCAUGCUGGGAUGGUUGGUUUUCCCAAUGCUGGGAAAUCCUCUCUUCUUCGAGCCAUUUCAAAUGCAAAACCUGCUGUAGCUUCCUAUCCCUUCACCACCUUGAACCCACACGUGGGGAUUGUUCACUAUGAAGGCCACCAACAGGUAGCAGUGGCUGACAUCCCAGGCAUCAUCCGAGGCGCACACCUGAACAAGGGCCUGGGGCUCAGCUUCCUCAGGCAUAUUGAGCGUUGCCGCUUCUUCCUGAUUGUGGUAGAUCUUUCCUUGCCUGAGCCAUGGACUCAGGUUGAUGACUUAAAAUAUGAACUAGAGAAGUAUGAAGAAGGCCUGUCCGAGAGGUCCCAUGUGAUCAUUGCAAAUAAGAUAGAUCUCCCGCAGGCCAAGGCCCACCUGCCUCAGCUCCAGGCCCACCUAGGCCAGGAGGUCAUCGCCUUGUCAGCACUGACUGGGGAGAACCUGGAGCAGCUGCUUCUACACCUGAAGGUGCUACACGAUGCCCACAUGGAAGCUGAGCUGGAGCAGGACUGCCAGCCUUUCAGAUGGUAGUGGGCACAGGGCUAUGUGCCCCAGGGCCAGCCAGCAUGAGACAGGGAUGGGCCACCAGUCACAGGAAGCAAAAGCAUCCCUCUUGUAAAAUGCAGGCAGCUGGAACACUGAGAAAAAGUCCUUGCAAAUACA